AUGGAGAAUAAUAAAGAUAAUGAAAAAAAAAGUUUAGAAACAAAAAACGAAACAAUGAUUGAAAAGGAAAAUAAGAACGUUGAAGAGAAAAAAGAAAACGAAAUUGAAGAAAGGGAAUAUAAUCAAAGUAUAUACAACGAAAAUAAUGAUAUUAUAGAUAAUAAAAACAUUCAAAAUUCUCUUCUUGAAAAUAAUGAAGAUGGUAAUGUUGAUAAUCAAUGUGAAAUAUAUAGUCACGCACAUAGUAUAGAAGAAUAUGAUAAUAAAGAUAAUUUAGUAGGAGAAGAAAAAAGGGAUUCUUUAAAAAAAUCACCUUUACUAUCUGAAGAUAUAAAUAGUAAUGAUAGUGUUUACAAAAGAGAAGAAAAUAUAACGUCUCCUCAAAAAAAAAAAGACGAAGAAAAUGAUGAUAAAAAUAUUAAAAAUAAUAAAAGAAAAAUGACAGAAGAAAUGAUAACCAUGACAAGUACUAAAAAAUUAAAAAAUGAAGAAGAUAAUAAAAGUGAUGAUGAAAUAAGUUAUGAUUUUUUUGAUAACAACAAUGAUAUAGAAAUAUAUAUGAAUAAAAUAAAAAACAAUUUUCAUUUAUAUUUAGAAGAGUGUGAAUAUCAAUUAAAAGAUUUAAAAAAUUCUUAUAUUGAAAACGAUAAAUUAAUUAAAGAAAUUGUAAAUGAAAAUAAUAGUACCAUGAUAGGAAAUAAUGAAAAUAUAAAUGAUGAAUCUGGAACAGAUAAGAUAAAAAACGAAACCAAUAAAAUAACAAAAACGAAUGAAAAUGUGGAACAUGUAGAAGAUAUGGAAAAAAUACAAAAGAAAAGAACUAUAUUAAAUAAUAUUAUGAACAUAAGAUUAAUUUAUAGAACGAUUGAAAUAUAUUUAUUUAGUAUGAGACAAUUUAUAUAUUUAUUAAAAGAGAAGAAUAAUUUUAUAUCACAUAUAUUAGAUGAACAGAUUAUUAUUAAAAAUAAUUAUGAGGAAAUAAUCAAAAAUUUAUUAGAAUUCGAAGCGGAAAAUUAUGAAGAUAUAAAACAAAUCUUAGAAAAUAAAAUAUUAUCUAUAAAUGAUAAAUUAUUAAAAGAUUAUGAAUAUGAUGAAAAAUUAAAAGCAUAUAUGUCAUAUUUAUAUACAUUACAAUGUUUACAAGAAGAAAUAUCAGAACGUGUUGAAGCAAAAACAGAUUUAAGAUUAUUAAUGAUAAAAAAAAAAGAAAUUUUAGAUAAAUUUACAAAACAAAAUCAAAGAAAAAUUACAUCAUUUAAUAAAUUAUCUUUAUUUAAAAAUAGUAUCCAAUGUAUUGUUGAUAAAUAUAAUUCAUUCGAUAAAGAACUUACACAUUAUUUGUCAUCCUUCUAUUAUAAAAUCAUGAAUCAUCAAAUUGAUUUGAGUAUUAAUAAUAUGUCCAUUUUAAAUAAUAAAAUGCAAUUUAAUUUUUUAUUUCAUUUUAAAGAACAAAGUAAUAUAAAUGAUGUUUUUCAAUUUAUGAAAUAUGACGUUAUUACAAAAGAUAGAAACAAUGAUCAAAAUUUUUCUAAUAGUAAAGAUGUUCAUAAUGAAUAUAUAUCUAUAACAUUUUAUACAAAAGAUAAUUUUGAUGUUUCUAUUUUACCUGAUGUAUCAUAUUUAAACCAUUUUAAUAUACAAAUUGAUAUUUCUUAUUUAUAUAAAAUGGAUUGUUUAGUAGCUAAAGCUAAUUCUAUUGAUUAUUUGAGAUUAUAUAAUAAUGAUUGUCGAUUACUUUCUGAUAUAUAUAGUAAUGAAGAUCACCUUCUUUUAUUUUCAAAUAAUGCAAAUGAUUUUCUAAAUUUUAAAUAUGGUUUUCCAUAUUUUUGGAUAAAUGCUCUUGUAGAAAAACCCUAUAGUAUAUCCGAAAAAAGUGAAUUACCUAAAAAGGAAGAAGGGUCAACUAAAAAAGCAGAAUAUAAAAGUAUGGAUAGUAAAUCCUUAUCAGAAAUUUAUAAUUGGCACUUAAAUAGGACCUUAGAUAUAUCUGUUGUUUUUUCAAAACUGUUUACUCGAGUCUUAUUUAGAAUAUGGGAUAUUUGGCAAAUCCGUCAUUACAGGAAUUACCCAAAUGUGUUUCCACCAUUUACUUGUGAAAAACAUAUGGAUGCUUUAAAGAAAAUUCAAUCCGUUUCUUUGCAGCAAAUAUCAACUUUUAACAUUAUAAGUGAAGAAUCUUAUUUAAAGGAGGAAAAAGAAAUUAAUAAUGAAUGUAGUAAAGAUAACAUAUAUGCAUGUUGUCAUAUUGAAUUAUCUACUCCCUAUUUGGUUAAAGCAUAUAUUAACGUUCCUUGCAAUGGAAAGGAACCAUAUUUUAGUGUAUUUUUAACCAAAAAAAAAUAUUCCAGGAGAUUAAAAAAAUUACAAGAUUAUUUAAAUACAGCUGUUGUAAAUAAACAUUCAAAAGUUGAUGAUACUCAAAGACAGAUUAUAUUAACACUACAACUGGCAAAAUUAAGGGAGGGAGCUUAUAAAUAUUAUAAAUCAUUCAGCAAAAAUUCUUCGAAUAUAUUUGAUGAAGAAAUAAAUUAA